AUGGCAGCAGCAGGAGAAGCGGCGCCUCGCUGGAGCACGACGGUCAUCGUGAGCUCGUCGCUCCAGAAACACGCCGCCUACAGGCUGCUGAGCUCCCAGCAGCACCGGGUCAGGUGUUCCGACAGCGUGGAGUCCGGAUGCUUCAUCUUCCCCACGGCAGGCAUUGCGUUUCUGUUGAUUGACCCUCACGACCUCCCGGAGCCGCUGGAUGAGCCGAGGCUCUUGCAGCAGAUAGAAAGCUUCGUGAAAGUCCACCGGAACUGCUUCGUCCUGCUCCAGGCCCCCCCUGGCGGGACCAGGGCCCCCCACAUCCUGACCCUCAUCCAGAACAGGUUCCUCGGCAGCAACCUCAGGAUCCUGCCUGUUAGAAACGACGCAGAGCUCGUCAAAGGAAUGCUGACCAUUGCCAAGGCCACCAGCAAGCCUCACGCCGACAGCAUCCGGGACCGCAUGUCCUUGGCCAAGGCCCACAUCAUCGACACCAGCCCCAUGUGGGAAAUGCUGAGAGACAUGUUGUAAAGCUAGAAGAGUAUCAGGGCCAGGCAGGAGAAAAAUAAAAAUAAUAUUUUAGA